AUGUCAGAGUACCAGUUGGUCAUUGUAGACGACACGGACACAGAUUCCAUAAAGUAUACAGGGCCAUGGUUUGCAUCCAAGUCUUCUCAAUUCGACUACAUCGGCUCUUUUGGAAAGCCGUUUGGGGGAACAUUGCAUGGAACUAAAUCAAAUGCUUCGUUUUCUUUUACGUUCAGUGGAACAUCUGUCGACUUUUUUACGACACAAGAGGGAAAUAAUUCGUCGUCCAGCGCUGUCUUCAGUGUAGAGUGCAGGGUACUGGUUAGCAACCUUUACUCUAGUGGCGUGCUUUCGCCAAUGAUGGCCGGGAGCAGGCUCAGAUUCUGCAACAUACCAACAAUGCUAGACGGAGAACAUACAGUUAUUGUGAACGUAGCGCUUGAAGCCAACAGUGCUGGCCAGACAUUCUGGUUGGACUACAUUACAUAUCGACCCUCUCCGGAGACGCCUUUGGAUAAUGCGCUUGUUGCUGUCUAUACGCCAGAUCCACGUCUGCAAUUUGGUUCCGGGUGGACAUCAGCUGAACAAAACUAUAGUGGCUUUAUUAUACCAAUGGGGAACAAGACGACUGCCAGACAUUCGACGUUCACGAUGGAUUUUAUUGGAAAAUCCCUGACCUGGUUUGGCUUCAAAAACAUGACUGUGGAUUUUGAAUCUACAACUGCGACUUACUCUGUCGAUGAUGGGCCGCCAACCACCUUCAAUAUAAGUGGAACUACUCGCACUCAAAAUGUCGAGCCUCUUGCUCACCAAGAGAUAUUUUUCCAAACUCCCACUUACUCUCUCGGGCAUCAUACACUCAAAGUGGUAUACGAUGGCGAUGCUCAAGAAAACUCGCACCCUUUGACACUCAACUACAUUGUAAUUCAUAAUGGUUCAUCUGAUGCAGCCGCUGCCAUUCCCAGCAACCCUGUCACUUCAGACCCCACAGACGACCAGACAAUAGCUCCGCCAAACUCGAAGUCACCCGUCGGCCCUAUUGUCGGCGGCAUUGUUGGUGGACUUACAAUUAUCGCUCUGAUUUUCAUGCUGUUCUUUCUCCGGCGGAGGCGGAGGUACUUGGCUGUGCAGGGUAAUGACUCUUACAGCAUAGACGAGUCUCUGCACAACGAAACACCCAAAAUCGAGCCGUACGUAGCUAUCCAGGAUGAGGAGGUUUUUGGCUCAAAGAGUGGACGGCUCGCACCAUCAUCUCCACUGCCUGAAAGUUCUGCACCGUCAACGACCGUGGCGGCCACAUCACAGCAAAAUGAAAAGUCAAACCUCAGGCGCAUACAAAACUCUGGGGCAGAGAGUCUUAUCGAGUCCAACUCACAGCCUGCCCAAGCACGCGCACCGCCGUCUCAAAGGGAGUCCCUUACGCCUCGAAACAGCAUGCCAGUCAUCGUCUCGAAUUUGGCGGGGAAUCACACUUUGGCAUCUCAAAAUUCCAGAAUUGUGCUCAGAGACGAAGAUAGCGGGAUUAGAUUGUCCUCGUCCCAUGGCAAUCAUGAUGAAGUUGUGUUACUUCCCCCUGAAUAUACUCCUUCAUGA